ACCCCACCCGGUGCCUGAGCGCGUGUGCGAAUGUAUCGAUCGUUUUAACUGAUUUUUUUAAAAGCCAGGUAGCAGCGGCUGCGUGUGUGUACACAGAUAUACACAGAGACACCCAGGCGCACACAGAUUACACGUACAGAGUCACACACAAGGAAUCCCCCCCACACACACACACACACAUGUCACGGACCCACAAGCACACAUCCCUCCAAAGAGCCUCAGGCUAACGGUGAGGUUCCAGAGUAUUGCCCAAGAUGGGGCGGGGGUGGGGGGGCAGGGAGCGGAGAAAGGGAUAGUGAAGCAGGACUUCCAGGAGGUAAUUUCUCUCUGCUCCCACUCUAAAUCCUUACCUUUCUCCUCCUUGGGGCUCUGAAAGAGAAAUCCCUAACCUGGGCUCGUGUCCACGGCCUUAAAGGAGCGGAGCCCUAGCUCCCCGCCCCCCAUACCCUACAGACUGUGAACAAGUCCCAACCUCGUUCUCCUGGUGCCUGACCCCAGGGCGCCAGGGCGCCAAGGUCUCUCAAAAACCAAUAGAGAGGGCACCAGGACAAAAAUCCUGGCUCCCAGAGGCCUUCGCUGUCUCGGGGUCUCAAGCCUGUUUGGGCCCGGGUUAGGGAGGAGAGGAGGGGCGAUCGAAGGACAGGGGUCGGGAGAGCAUGGAUUUGCGAGGAGCGGCACCAACAGCGCUGGAGGAGCACCCUAGGGCGCCCCCUGGACACCACAGUAAGUCUUCCUCUCGCCCUGGGCCCCGCAGGAAUGUAAUGGAGGAUGCUGGCCCUGAGGCUGCUUAACGUGGUGGCCCCCGCCUACUUCCUGUGCAUCUCCCUGGUGACCUUCGUGCUGCAGCUGUUCCUCUUCCUGCCCAGCAUGCGCGAGGACCCCGCAGCCACCCCGCUCUUCUCGCCCGCGUUGCUCCACGGAGCACUCUUCCUGUUCCUCUCAACCAACGCCCUGGGCAAUUACGUCCUGGUCAUCCAGAACUCCCCCGACGACCUGGACGCCUGUCAGGGGACUUCGGCCAGGAAGGCUCCAUGUCCCCCAUCCAGCACCCAUUUCUGCCGAGUGUGCUCCAGAGUCACCCUGAGGCACGACCAUCACUGUUUCUUCACCGGCAACUGCAUUGGCAGCAGGAACAUGCGCAACUUCGUCCUGUUCUGCCUCUACACCUCCCUUGCCUGCCUCUACUCCAUGGUGGCUGGCGUGGCCUACAUCUCUGCAGUCCUUUCCAUCUCCUUCUCCCACCCCCUGGCCUUCCUCACGCUCCUUCCCACCUCCAUCAGCCAGUUCUUCUCUGGAGCUGUCCUCGGUUCUGAAAUGUUCGUCAUCCUCAUGCUCUACCUCUGGUUUGCCGUUGGCCUGGCCUGCGCUGGCUUCUGCUGCCAUCAGCUUCUGUUGAUCCUCCGUGGGCAGACCCGCCACCAGGUGCGGAAGGGGGUGUCCGUGAGGGCUCGGCCCUGGCGCAAGAACUUACAAGAAGUGUUUGGGAAAAGGUGGCUGCUGGGUCUGUUUGUCCCCAUGUUCAAUGUUGGAGGUGAGAGCUCCAAGCAGCAGGACAAGUAACAGAAGUCAUCAUUUCUGUGUGUGUGUGUGUGUGUGUGUGUGUGUGUGUGUCCUGGCUCCCCCUGAACAUAAGACCACUGCACCCUUGUCUCCAUCCAUGACCCACUACAAUCUCGGGCUGGUAAGGUCCUAGCAGCCACCCCUGGUUCUGUGACACAUAGAGAACAGCUUUGGCUGGUGGAUCAUGACAAGGAGGAAAAAUGGCAACCCAGGCAUCGCUACACUCCCCACGGGCUAGAAAGGUGGCUGCUGUUAGGAGGUCUCUGCUUGUAUUUCUUCUCCUUGGGGUCCCUACUUUGCCUCUGCCUAGCUUGUUCACUCUCCACCACGUCUCAUGUCAUCCCUGCCAUCUGCUAGAGCUCCCCCUGGAAGCCCCAUGCUGGAAAUAGGGAGUAGAUUCUUGCUGCUGGUAUGAUGCUCCCUGGGACCUGGAGGCUGUAAAAAAAUGUUUAAAAUUACCAUGUCAACUGCUAGGGAGGUUGGGAAAGGAGGGGGGUGUGUCCUUGUCCCCUCUGUGAAGUUAGGGGCAGUGGGAGGGAAAAAGAACUCAAUAGCUUGCUGUCCAUCCAUCCGCUCCAAGUUGCAAGGCCCUUUCUUUGGAACACGGCAGCCAAUGGUCUGGGAUUUCCAGCUGCUGUCCCCUGUCCAGCCUGCCCCAGUUGGCCACCCCAGCCCAGUCCAGGAUCUGGCUGGAUGCUUCCUUUCCUUGGCAGUCUUCCAGCCUUUCCCCUUGUCUCCAGCCUCCAGGUCUUUGCUAGAUGCUGGGAAGGCAAGGAGAAGAGAAAAAUAAAGGAGCAAUACUGAUAAAUGAGAGAGGCAUGUGCCUGCAUAACCACAUAACAGGGGUGUGUGUGUGUGUGUGUGUGUGUGUGUGUGUGUGUGUGUGUGUGUGAGAGAGAGAGAGAGAGAGAGAGAGAGAGAGAGGAAAAAUACUUAGGGGAGGGAAGGAAAGAGGGUCACACAGAAUUUGGGGUGCUGGGAUAUUUGGGGAGUGAGAAUGAGAAAGGCACAUGGGUUCAUUUCUGCCCUAUAUAAAGGACUGGCAGCUAAAACUGUUCAAUGUUUGAAUGUCUACCUGGGGAGUUACUGAGUGCCCUCAAACUGGAGGUAUUCCAGCAGGGACUAAGCAGUCAUCUAGCAGGCAUGCUGUGGAAAGAAUCUCUGCACAGGGUCAGGGAAGGGAAAAUUCCUUCCUGCCCCCAAGAUUCUAGUGUCCUCUUCAUGAUUAUCAGGUCCAGAGGCAAGAUUUGUAGAGAUGCCUGUGAGUUACUUGCUUUCAUGGAGGGUGGGCUGGGCAUGGGGGGUCUGAAAAUCACGACAUAAAACUUCAGGACUCUACCCAGCCACCAAGGAAAGAGUCUCUAGAGAGACAGGACUGGGUAUUAAUGCUAGUUGAGGUGGUCGGCAUUUGAAGACAGGGAGAUUGAGCAGUUUCAGGGGCGGUGGGACAGUGUUGGGGAGAGCACAGCUAGAAGGUCAUGCUCAACUAUGAAGGGUGAGAUGGGCAGAGUUGAGGCUGUGGAAUGAGGGAGACCAGAAUAUAGGGGUGCGAUUGCCAGACCAGCCCCGCUUAUCUGACUGUCUCUGAAUGGGGGCACUGCUGUGUGUUCUGGGACCCAGAGGACCAGACCCCUGAGGCAUAUGAGGGAUUGGGUGCAACACAAGUGCCCUCUCCUGACUGGGUCCUGAAGCCAGCCUGCCAUCCAUGCAGGCAACAGGGCUGAAGCCCACACUCUACAAUGUCCAGCUGGUGGCCACAGCGACCUCAACUGCUGCCACACAACUCCCUGAGCUCUUGAGCAGAAUUUGGAAGGCCUUUACCUUGGUGCAGCCUUCACGCCCCCUAGAGGGCUAAUGUAGUAAUGGCUCCACCUGCUCCUACUUCUCCCUCUCAUGCUCCUUCAUUCGUGUAUGCUACAUAGAUUUAUUGGUUGAAAACUAUGUGCCCUUUCAGGCACUGGUAUACAAUGGUGAACAAGACAAUGAGAUUCCUGCCAUCAGGGACAUCUAGUCACUGCCCCACAAACCAACUUCCACCCCUAAAAAAAUGGUCACUCUGCCACCUUGGUGGUCAGCAGGGCAGGCUACUUAGAGAGGAAGGAUGUGGCAGACAGGGCUGAAGGAGACCCCAGGCUGCCUGGACGGAGGAGUCAUUGGGGGCAUCCUCACUCCCAGUUCUGGCCACAUGUAGGUCGGGAGCGUGGAAGAGGAGGGGGAAAGACCCUGGGUGACCCAGGCCUUGGCUAUCUCCUGACCCCAAAGCUCAAGCUUGGAAGCCAGUCUGGCCAAUCUCAGCCUCCUGGAGAUUUAGCACUGGGAGGCUGGACACUGGGGCGGGGAGCCAAAUGGGAACCUGCAGGGGGUCAACUCCUGGCAGACUGGUUAAUGAGGGGUAACCAUGGGAAGAUUGCCAUGCGUGGGACUUGAGUAGCCCUUGUACACAUGGCCCUGUAUUGUCAAUAAAGGCCAUCAAUAAAA